AUGGAACAUUUACUUUUUGAGUAUGCAGGAGGAUAUGGGCUGUUUGAGCUAAUAGCGUAUGAGGACAUGUCGAAGUCUUCGUAUGAGGAGUACAUGAGGCUUAGUCAAGUGGUGAGGUACAAGUCUGGAAUGCAGUUUGAAGGAGUGGGAGAUGCACUUGAGCACAUGCGAAGUCUUUCGAAGGGAGAGAUACACACAGAGUUGAAGAAUUUUCUUGAGCUGAACAGAGUGAAAGUAGUUCAUUGUGAUGUAUCACUGAAGAAGGGGCUUGAUGCGAUUGGAAUCAAGCAUAAAAGCAGUGAGAACAUUAUGCGGGGAGUUAGGAUGAUGUAUGAGAAGCUGAUGAGGCUGGAAGGAUAUGAUAGAAGGCAGAUGGAGCUUGGGCUUUCGCAUGGAUAUUCGAGGGAGAAGGUUGAGUAUAAUGUGAAGAGGGAGGACUGCAUUGUUAUGCAUACAGUGAUGCUGCUUGAUCAGGUUGACAAAGAUAUAAACUCGUAUUCGAUGAGGAUUAGAGAGAUGUAUGGAUGGGUGUUUCCUGAGCUUGGAAGGAAGCUGAAAGAGAAUGGAGAGUAUGUGAAAGCAGUUAAGUGGAUGAUAAUGAAAGAGAGGGGUGAGCUAAUGGGAGAAGAGAUAGGCGAUGAGAGGAUUGGAGAGAUUGCAAGGAUGAAGGAAACCAGCAUUGGGAUGAAUAUAUUGCCUGAUGAUUUGGAAAACAUGAGGAAACUAAUUGAGGUUGUUGAAGAGAAGAUUGAGAUUAGGAGAGAGUUGAACGAGUAUCUUGGAAGAAAGAUGGGUGUUGUUGCGCCUAAUCUGGCCGCGAUUCUUGGGAACUGCCUGAGUGCACGGAUGAUAUGCCAGGCAGGAGGGUUAUUUAAUCUUGGAAAGGCACCAGCAUCUACGGUGCAGCUUUUCGGGGCAGAGAAGUCGCUGUUUAGAUCUUUGAAGAUGAAAUCGAGAACACCGAAGUAUGGGCUUAUAUAUGGAGCAGGGUGCUUGUCUAGGAUGAAGGACAAGGACAAGGGGAGAAUGAGCAGGUAUAUUGCGACAAAAUGCUCGAUAGCUGCAAAGAUAGACUGUUUUAACAAGGAGAGGACGUCUAUGUAUGGCAUGGAAUUGAAGGAACUGAUUGAUAAGAAAAUACAGUCUUUGCAUUCGAAAGAUGAUGAGAAGGUUGAGGUGACUGCUGAUGUUGUCCAGAGGGUGUUUGAUAAGAUUAAUGGAAAAGAAAAGAGUAGGGAUGAGGUUGAGAAUGAAAGUGUAGAAAACAAACCGAAACGAAAGUGCUUGAAGAGCGACAUUGAGGAUGUUUUUAGAUUUGGAAAAAAGAAUUCGAAAAAAGGCAGCAAGGAUGAGAAAAGGGUAAGUUUUGAUCUGACACGAAAUGCAAUCAAAGAGACUGAUAGAGGGAUUUCGAAGUUUAAGAGGCGAAGCUAA